UCCUGUUCAUGGCGAAUGGAAGGAUGACUUGAAAAAUGCGAGACGAGAUCUUAGUUGUCGUUGUCUAGGAAGAUAAGGAGACAUAUUCGUCAGAAGUUAACAAGCUGCACACCAGAGUAUGAUGGCAUCUAAAAAGCAAUCCAACUGUCCCCAUGUGUCCUAUGUUGAUAGUGUUACCUGGGAGGAACUCCGCACUAAACAUGAGUUGAAGGACCUUACAUGCAACACAUGUGAUGUGAAAGCAAACAAUCUAUGGUUGUGUCUUGUGGGGGCCUGUCAGUAUAUUGGUUGUGGUGAGUCUGUCAAGGACCACAGCUCUGAGCAUGCCAUGGACAAAAAACACAGCAUGACCAUCAACCUUUCCACCCUAAGGAUCUGGUGCUAUGCUUGUGAGUCAGAAGUCUUUCCUGGCAGGAACAAACCCUUCUUUACAAUACCUGAAAACUCGGCAAGCGUUUUGUCUGCCAAGAAGAAAAACAGUAUGUUGAGGAAAUCUGCAUCAAGUUCCACCAACAGUUCUCCGACCCAUGGUAAUUCAUCUGCCGGAGAGGAGUCUGAUUCGGACCUUGAGGAUGAAAAUGUGAAGCCAAGGGGUUUGACUGGACUACAGAACCUAGGAAACACUUGCUACCUAAAUUCUGCUCUCCAGGCCUUAUCAAACUGUCCUCCUCUGAGUCGGUUCUUCCUUGACUGUCAUGGAUUUGUGCAGCCAGAGAAAAACCCAAAGCUGUCAAGAAGUUACCAGCGACUGAUCAGUGAGGUUUGGCACAAACGAAGACCAAGCUAUGUGAUACCUAACAGCGUAGUGAACGGGAUAAAGGUGGUCCACCCAAUGUUCAGAGGCUAUUCACAGCAGGAUGCUCAAGAGUUUCUGAGAUGUUUCAUGGAUGAGCUGCAUGAAGAACUCAAACAGCCACUUCCGUGUGACUCGGACGAAAAUGACGAUGAUUCUGAUGACAAAAAUGGCGAUGAGCCAUGCAAGUUUAUAGCUUCACACGAUCGUCAGUUGUCUAUGGAUUCUACCAGCAGCAGCCAAUCAGAAGAUUUCUAUGAGACAUGUGACUCUGGUUUGAGCAGUGAGCGGUGUUCAGCAGAUGUGACAAUCAGUGGUGAGGAUGGUGAAGCUGUACAAAACACCGAGAACUCCACUCACAGUAACAAAAUAGACUCGCACUCCAGAGUGAGCGCUGGUAAAACCUACGCUCGACUUCGGCAGAAUGAGGAGAAGGGAGGUAAAGCUCUCAAGGAGGACACUGUGGUGGCAAGUAAACAUUUAAAGGAGACUGUCAAUCAGAUGUCCAAGCGGUCAGGUAGCACCGUGACAAUUAACAGCACCACCUGUACAGAGGACAGUGGUCGUCCUGACGACUUCCCUUCUGACGGGGAAUCACAUCAGAGAAGAGUUCGCUCUAAGUCUAGCCCAAGGUUCAAACGUGCAUCAGAAAGCACAGAGGCAUUCAGUACCAUGUCCAGAAACAGUUACUCCACCAAAAUCAAUAUGAAUAAGAAAGGCAAGCAGAAAAAUGUCCAGUAUCAGUCUGUGAUCUCGGACAUUUUUGAUGGAAAGAUCCUGAGCUCGGUGCAGUGUUUAACUUGUGAGCGGGUGUCAACGACUAAGGAGACAUUCCAGGACCUGUCCCUGCCCAUACCGGGAAAGGACCAUCUAAAUAUGAUCCACCACAGUGCUCAGGGGGGUCCGCCAAAGGGCGGGGCAUGUGGGGAGGUGCACCAGGGCUGGUUCUCAUUCAUGUUUACCUGGAUGAAAAGCUGGUUUGUGGGCCCCACCAUUAAUCUACAAGACUGUCUAGCGGCUUUCUUCUCCGCUGAUGAACUCAAGGGAGACAAUAUGUAUAGCUGUGAGAAAUGUAAAAAAUUGCGGAAUGGUAUCAAAUAUUCUAAAGUCCUGGAAUUGCCUGAGAUCCUGUGUGUUCACCUGAAGAGGUUCAGACACGAGUUCUACUCAUCAAAGAUCAGCUCUUAUGUGGCAUUUCCAUUGGAUGGACUGGACAUGAAGCCAUAUACACACAAAGACUGCAAGUCUGAGGUGAUGAUCUAUGACCUCAUAGCUGUUAUAUGUCACCAUGGCACUGCUGGGGCUGGUCACUACACAGCAUACUGUCUCAACUACACUAAUGAACAGUGGUACGAGUUUGAUGACCAGUAUGUCACGGAGGUGGACAUCAACCAGGUCAUCAACUGUGAGGCCUACGUCCUCUUCUACAGGAAAAGAAAUGAUAAAAUGAUAUCUAUAAGACAGAAAGCCAUGCAGCUCAAGGAAACACAGGAGUCGAGUCUCCUGCAGUUUUUUGUAUCCAAACAAUGGAUCAACCGUUUUAACAUGUUUGCUGAGCCUGGUCCCAUCACCAACUUUGACUUCCUGUGUCCUCAUGGAGGUGUGCCACCGAACAAAGUGGACCAUGUGGAGGAUUUGGUGGAGUCAUUUGACCAAUCACUGUGGGAGAAUUUACAUGGGCGGUUCAGCGGUGGGCCAGUAUGUAAUCAUCUUUACGCCUGCUCCACCUGUCAGACAGAUCUGGACAAUUUGAUAUUCCGACAGAAAACUGAACUUGAACAGUUUAUUGCACUCAAUGAGAAGUUUAAGGAUGAGGACAAUCCUCAUAUCAUAUAUGCCAUCAGUAUGACUUGGUUCAAGGAGUGGGAGAAUUUUGUCCGCAAGCGCACAUCAACCCCACCUGGUUCAGUAGACAACAAAGCAAUCUCCAUGAUGAGAAAUGGUCAGCUUAUAGUAAGACACAACUCGGACUACGGUCAGCUGUCAGAGGAUAUGUGGCAGUUCCUACUAGGCAUCUACCACGGGGGGCCAGCGGUGGUCAUCAAACAGGUGUCGUCCCUCAGGUCGUCUUCUCCCACCAAUCAUCUAUCCUCCUCACCAUCAGCAUCCUCACUCAACCUGCCAAAAUCUAACGAAGGGCAGACAACUCCCACCCAACCUCAACAACCCCUGCGUGUUCUGGCCAAACAGGCUGGUAAGGGGAUUAGUACAGAUCACCAGGAUGACCACGAGGACAAACAGACCAGAACAAAUGGUCAACAGAACAGUAACCAUGGUGAUGGAGAGGACAGACAGAUCAGAGCAGACGGCCAACAGGAGGGUAAUUAUAAUGAUGCUGGCGAGGCUACAUCAGAACAGAACACAAACCACAGUGCUGUAGAAACCAAGUCACAGGAGGAUGGAGAGGUCAUGACCCCUGUACAGGCUGAUGCAGACAGUGUGGCCAAUGUUAGGGAGACAACUCCUGCAGAAGAUGAUCAGUCGGAUGUGGAACGAAGGGAACAGAAGAAGGAGGAAUAGACAAAAAAUCUGACUUAUCAAACCAGAUUAGGAUAAUUUAUGGAGGUCAUUAAAGGAAUUUCUCAUCUAGUCAAAGCAGAGGUGGGCUAUCCAGGCUACAUGAGAGGGAUUGUGUGACUAUGGACAAUUCCACACCUGUGGUGUGCUGAAUCAGAAAGAUUGUUUCCACCAGUGUGUGAUAUAAUAGUGUUACCCUGAAUCACUCUUAGCUGUAUUUACAAUGUUGCUCCUUAAAAUCUCCAUUGUUUCAGUCUACUAUGUGAGUCCUGUGUCAAUAUACAGCCAUCUCCCUGUGCAAUUUGUGGCAAUGUGAAUGAAGGUCUCCCUUUGUAAUAUGUGGUGGAGUGUUGUGUAGGACCUCUUUGUGUUAAUCAGUAAGAACAAGAAAGGAUGGGACGGGUCUUUGAGUUAAUCAGUAAGAACAAGAAAGGAAGGGAUGGGUCUUUGUGUUAAUCAGUAAGAACAAGAAAGGAAGGGACGGGUCUUUGCGUUAAUCAGUAAGAACAAGAAAGGAAGGGCCGGGUCUUUGUGUUAAUCAGUAAGAACAAGGAAGGAUGGGACGGGUCUUUGAGUUAAUCAGUAAGAACGAGAAAGGAAGGGAUGGGUCUUUGUGUUAAUCAGUAAGAACAAGGAAGGAUGGGACGGGUCUUUGAGUUAAUCAGUAAGAACGAGAAAGGAAGGGAUGGGUCUUUGUGUUAAUCAGUAAGAACAAGA